AUGAGAGGAAGCAAAGCACAGAUUCGGAUUUUCGAGGAAAACAAGAUCACAAGAAGACUUCUGCUGAGAAGCAUAAUCUUAUACAACGUAUGCACACUGGUGGUGUAUAUGGUAAAUAAGGAGAGAAGCAUACUAGUAUAUCUAGUUAGAUCCAUCCCAGAGGCACUUGCUGCUUAUUACCUCUACAGAGUCUCCACACCGACAAUCGUCUCAGACGGGAAGGCAACAACUCUGGCAAAUCCUGGGAUACCCCUUAGCGGGAAGGGCCAUAUUAGCGUUGUAUUCGACUUUCUGUUCAUCUCGAUGCUGGUGAAGCUCCUUCUACUCUACUCCAGCAGGUCGUGGCUACUAUACCUUUUCUUCGUUGCCUCCUGCUGCUACGAGUUUUUGUACAAGCCGUUUGCAGUUCUAAAGACAAAUACAAAAUAA